AUGGCUAGCAACCCCACGGUUGUCCAGCCUCAUGCGGCAUCUGUGCAAAUGCCCAGCGAAUUCAAAACAGAGUAUCACCCUCGCUCUGCUCGUGCGACUCUCUACCAGAUGUUCGACGAAUUCGGUAUCACUCAGGAGAUGCAGCACGCACCCGUUGACGAGGAACCAUGGCGUCCUUUCAGGUCACGCGGGGACUUCGAAUUCUCUGAGAUUGCGCUUGAUGCUGCGCUAAAUAAGUCUCAAAUAAAUGCCCUCCUUGAACUCAUUUCGCGCAUCGCUCAAGGUCAAGCUCAAAUCACUCUGAAGAAUGAGACAGAUCUUUCGAGGGCAUGGGACAAUGCUGCGGCUGAAUUAACACCGUUUUCAAAGCACGAAGUCCCUGUGAUAUACAAGAGGAAGGAGCAAGAAUACGAGGUCCACACACGGCCUGUGUGGGAUUGGGCCCUCGAUCUACUGGACAACCCCCUGCUCGCACCGCAUUUCGUGUGGGAUGCCUGCCGUGUUUACAAGCACAACGGUACGGAUUUCGAACGCUUUUUCAAUGAACCUUGGACAGGAGAUCGGUGGUGGGAUAUUCAAUCUUCUCUUCCGCCCGACGUUGAAAACGCUGUCCCAUUCUGUUUCAUUCUCUACGCUGAUAAGUCGAAGCUGUCGUCUCAUGGUACCGUCAAAGGGUAUCCAGUUGUAGUCCGAUGCGCAAACUUACCUGUAGACAUCCGUAAUGGCGAGGGGUUUGGUGGUGGUCGUGUAGUCGGAUGGUUGCCUAUUGUUCCUGACGAUGCAGCCGAAGAAGGAAAACUCGGAUACACAACGUUGAAGCGCGUUGUGUGGCAUGAAUCAUUUUUCAAGCUCCUGGAACAUGUCGCCCAGCACUCAAAGACUGGAUAUUCACACAAGGGCUAUAAUGGCAUUCCGCGAUGGCUGUUUCCUGUGAUACUGAUUCUUUCGGCUGACUAUGAAGAACAGUGCAUGAUGUCGCUGAUACGUGGCCGCGGUGGCAAAUGCCCUUGCCCCGUGUGCCUAGUACCAUUAGCGGAGCUCCACGACCUGUCAAAGAGCUACCCAAUCAGAACCGUGGAAGAAGCACAAGAAGCUCUCCGUAUUUAUGGGUGCAGUAAAGCUGAAGGCGAGCAGAUACUCAAAGCGCUCGGAUUACGACCUGUUGCGAAUGUUUUUUGGCUCAUCUUGCGUUCGAGUCCCCACGAUGCACUUAGUUUAGAUCGGCUGCAUUCAUUGCACGCCGGUCUGUGGAAGCACCUACUUGAAGAAUUGAAGAAAAUCCUCGCGUCGCUUGGACGCGAUGCUCAAGAAGCAUUCGAGAAGUCGAUCGCUAACUUCCCCCGAUGGCGCCACCUCACUCAUUUCGAAUCCGUUAUCAACAUUACAUUCACUGAUGGCAACAAAUACCAGGACCUCUCUAAGCAAACAUUAUAUCCGGCUUUGAACAUCCUGACGCACAGAGCCAGUCCUGUAGGCCACCAGCUGCUUCGCGUUAUCAGCAGUUAUCUCCAGCUGGAUAGCUGGAUCGGUCUGGAUUUGCAUACUGAGCGCACACUUGCAGCGAUCGACGCCGAGCUCUUAGUUUUCGAUGCUGAGCUCAAGGCUUAUAUUACAUGCGCUGAAGAGUCGGAGGUCGAGAAAUUGAAGCUUGACUGGAACUUUCCGAAGACCCACCUAUGGAAACAUGUUGUUCGUGAUAUCCGACUUAAAGGAGUAGCACGUAACUACAGCACGCGUCCGAACGAGAAGCUUCAUGGCCCCCUCAAAGACACCUAUCACCGUCGAACGAAUGGAAAGGAUACCGCGACGCAAAUACUUCGUAUUGAUCACCACAAAUUCGCCUCGAAACUUCUGAGAGAACGUGUCAACACGCUUGAUGAACACUGCCGGUUGCAGGCACUCGGCGAUGGCGGGCUUGAUGAAGACAUUGAUGUUCCUGUAGCCUUUAAUGGCCACGUGAAACUUGGCUCUCCGGUGCCACCCUUAGACAUCCUUGGCGUUGAGAGUCGUGGUCAAACGGAUCGUGCGUUUCAAUCUUUUCGUCGGAAAUUUAGUGAAUUCAUCAACAAUGCUCUGCCUACCUAUGGCCAUCAACUGACGAGUUGGGUUACAUUCCCAGGCGAUUUCAAGAUUCACGAGCACCGCUAUCUCAAGGUGAACUAUGAGUCGGCUGUGGACUGGAGGCAAAAUACCGACCACCUUCGGUGCAACCCCAAAUUCCAUGGGCGGCCACGAUUCGAUCACGCGCUCAUACAACUGACCGCUGAGGAAACAGCCUUCGUCCAGCUAAUUUUCAUGUUCAGAUGUCAUAUUUCGAAUCUCGGGCCCUUCGAAUUCGCACUUGUUCAACCAUACACUGCUAGAGUCGGUCCUCGCAGAACAGACUCCACCUUCAAGCUUACUCGUGUCAAGGCUGUCCCGAGGUCGUCAUCAAUAUUUGUCCCGCUUAAAUCUUUCAUUCGAGGAGCUGUUCUAGUCCCUGAUUCUGAGCAUCAAGAUGAAUACUUCGUUGUUGAUCACAUUGACGGUGACAUGUUUCUGCGAAUGAAACACAUAUGA